GCUGUUAGAUGUUAUCAGAUGAAGAUACGUACUUGAUAUUCGUCGCCAGCAGCAUCACAACGACUAAAUCCCGACAUACCCUUUACAUCCCUUAAUCAAUUUCAAUAACAUCAGAUCAGUAAACCCACCAUUCUAGACCUCCAAUGCUUCCAAAUACUAUCCCAACCGCAGUCGCAGCACCCCGGCGAUAGGGCGUCGCCACUCGGCGAAUGAGAGGCGCGGCAUUCUAGUCGGCGAGGUGGUGGAGCCCGACACCCCGAAAAUGGUAUAUAGAGAUCAAACCACCACGCUACUCUCGACAUCCGCCAUCACAGCUCCAACACCAACUUACCAUCACAAAACCAACCCAACAGCAUAAAAAAACAGACCUCCGCCAAAAUGUGCAAGAAGGCUACCUGCGAUACCUGCCAAAAAGCCACCUGGUGGGGCUGCGGCUCGCACGUCCCCGGCGUCAUGAAGGCGAUUCCAGAGGCCGAGUGGUGCACCUGCACGCCCAAGGUCGAGAAGGAGGGGACAGAGUACCCGCCGAUGGGCAAGAUGGCGGAUUGA